AUGGGAGACGCGAGACUUAGGAGAAUCAAUAAGGAAAUCAACGAUUGCAAAACUGACAAGGUCUCGGGCAUUCAAGUCUCGUUGAUAGACGAAUCACCUUUCCACCUCGUCGGCACGUUUGCAGGGCCAGAAAACUCUCCGUACGAGAAGGGUACUUUCGAUGUCGAUAUCGUUGUGCCCGAAGGCUAUCCAUUCCAGCCCAUCAAGAUGAAGUUUAUCACCCGUGUCUACCAUCCCAACAUCUCUUCGCAAUCGGGCGCCAUCUGCCUCGAUAUUCUCAAGGAUCAGUGGUCGCCCGUACUCACACUCAAAUCCACCCUCAUGUCUCUCCGGUCCCUGCUCUGCUCGCCCGAGCCGAACGACCCACAAGACGCCGAAGUUGCCAAACACUACCUUCGAGACAGGGAUGACUUUGAAAAGACGGCAAGGUAUUGGACAGAGAUCUACGCCAACGGGUCUGAGUCGGCACAACCACCUGCAAACGCUCAGAACGCGGCAGGAAAAAAAGAUGGAAAGGUCGACCCGAUCCUGCUUGCAGGGCUGAAAAAGGAGCACGUCGAUCAGUUUGUCAACAUGGUGAGUGUCAUCGAGGCGAAGCAGGGCUUCGAAAGCGACAAGGUGAUCGAAGUGUUGAAAAAGCUCAACUACCGAGGUGCAAACGUUCGCAACAUCACCGACGACACGGUACUCAACGAGUUGCUCAAGUGA